AUGCUAGCGUAUCUAGUAUUCAACGGAAUUGUCAUACUCGCUGCCGUUGUUGGAAAUCUGCUGAUCAUGUUGGUUGUUGCGUUCAACAGAUUAUUUCACAAUGUGAGACACUUUCUCUUGGCAAGCUUGGCGCUCUCCGAUUUUAUAUUUGUGACUUUCGUGCUACUUCCCCGAGUAGUUUCCGUUGCCUACAAAAAAUGGAUCUUUGGUGAAGGAUUUUGUCAAGGAAAUGCGUUCCUCGUCCGUGUUUUAUACGUUAAUACACUUGUUCAUCUCUGUGGCGUGUCGUACGACCGAUACCAAGCCAUAGUCAAGGAUCAUCUCAACUAUGACGGACGCAUUACUCUGAAAAAGGUCUUUAUCUCGGUCACAAUCAUGUGGAUUUUACCGACUGUGAUCUCCCUAGGACCAUUUCUUGGUUGGGGAGGUUUUGAUUACAAACCAAGCAUUUUUGCAUGUGGACAGCGUUGGGACCUCGAGACAACUUUUCCGUUUCUAAUCUUAGCUUUCAUCACGCCAAUUCUGAUCAUUGCGGUGCUUACCUACAAGGUGAUGAGGGUUGCACGAAGGCUGCAACGCGAAGUUAACAUUCAGCUUGGUAACAUGAACCAGGCGGAAAGAGCCCUAGAGAUGAUGAAAGUUGACGCAGGUUUUGCCAGACAAGCUUCCCGUCAAUACUCGCAAGAACUGUGGAGGACGAGGUUCCGUUCAGCCAGUGAAAACAUCCUUCAUCACGAGCUUUCCGUCAAUCCUACAUGUUCUCAAGAAAGGCCACUUAGGCGUGCAAGUACUCAGGAACAUUUGCGGAAUGUCUCAAGCAUAAGUCGCAACCAUCAUUUUAUCACAAACAAGGAAGAUAAUGCGGAAGACACAAAUCAGACGGACGCGAACGAGGAAGCAAUCCCAUCUCCUUGUUUGAUGAAAAUUCUAAAAGAGUGCAAGGCUUCCACAGAUGUCAUGAUAACUGUCGGGGCUCUUCUGGUUUGCUUUCUUCCUGUGUGGAUCAACAACGUUUACUACACCUUUAACAAAGAGCCUUCGCACAGUUCAAGAAUUUUCUGGAUUCAUAGCCUGUACAGUGCAGCCACUUUAUGUAACCCACUAAUUUAUUCAGUUCGUAAAAGAGAAUUUAGAAAAGAAGUGAGGAAAAUAUUAAAGAUCUGA